UCUGAACGCACUUUGCCAAACUUAAAUUUUUUGACGUUUCUCAAAUAAUUUCUCUAAGUUGUUUUAUUUUUCAUAAGAUAUAAUAACCACUAAUGUUUUUAUUAAUAAUCAAUAUUCUAAAACAGAAUCAACAAUACAAAUAACUUAAGAGUUCAGUUUACAAGUCGAUUUAUAACUUGUCUACGUGUUUACAAUCAGCAACGAUAAACACGAACGCAGAAGGUUUUUAAUAUUACCAUCAGAAGACUAAAAAGGCUCAGUGAUGAAUAAAAAACCGGUCAGAACCGGUCCGAGGAUUCGGAUAACGAGACCAGCUAAUAGAAAGAAGGAAGAACCACAAAAACAGGACGAUAGGAGCUACAUUUACAGCUGUCAAUAUUGUCGUUUAAAAUUCACACAGAACAGUCAUUUCUGUCGCCACAUGACGUCCAACCACCAGGCUCAGCAGCGAGAAGCAACGUUCGAGUGUAAUGAUUGUCAGAUUGUCUUUAACAGAAAGAGUAACCUGGAUCUCCACUGCCAGACUCAACACCAACGAAAAAGUAAGUCGAAGUGCGAAUCUUGCGCUAUAACAUUCAAAUCGCGCUAUUGUUUACGUCGACACAUGAAACUGAAGCAGAUUUUAGCAGAGAAUUCGUGUUUGAAGUGUCAAAAGAAGUACACAAGUAAGGAUGAUUUAUUAAAACAUAUAAGCAACAAGCACAUGAAUAAAAAUGCCACAUUCGAGUGCGAUCACUGCUCUCUAAAGUUCAAAGCAAAACAAUCCCUCUUGACUCAUUUAAACCGCAUACAUAAGAGAUUAUGAUUAUUAUAGUAAUUUUUUUUUCUAUUUAUAAUUAGAAUUUAAUGUUUUAUUUAAAAUUUAACACACUAGGGUAUUUGAUUGUAUUAUUUUCGUUCAUAAAACCGUUGUCUGUAUUACCUUU